AUGGAAUCAAAAGUCUCGGAAGGUGGCCUGAAUGUUACUCUCACCAUCCGGCUGCUCAUGCAUGGAAAGGAAGUUGGAAGCAUUAUUGGGAAGAAAGGAGAGACCGUGAAAAAGAUGCGUGAGGAGAGUGGAGCAAGAAUCAACAUCUCUGAGGGAAACUGUCCGGAAAGAAUUGUGACCAUCACAGGCCCCACUGAUGCCAUCUUCAAGGCCUUUGCCAUGAUAGCUUACAAAUUUGAGGAGGACAUAAUCAACUCAAUGAGUAACAGCACUGCUACCAGUAAACCACCAGUAACAUUGAGGUUGGUCGUGCCUGCUAGCCAGUGUGGGUCACUGAUUGGCAAAGGAGGCUCCAAGAUUAAGGAAAUCAGGGAGUCAACAGGUGCUCAGGUUCAAGUGGCGGGGGACAUGCUGCCCAACUCCACAGAGCGGGCAGUGACAAUUUCGGGGACCCCCGAUGCAAUUAUCCAGUGUGUCAAACAGAUCUGUGUGGUGAUGCUGGAGUCCCCACCGAAAGGUGCCACCAUUCCCUAUCGCCCAAAGCCCGCCUCCACCCCUGUCAUUUUUGCAGGUGGUCAGGUAAGAGCCGACCCGCUUGCGGCCUCCACUGCCAACCUCAGCCUUUUACUGCAGCACCAGCCGCUGCCUGCCUAUACAAUUCAGGGACAAUAUGCAAUUCCACACCCGGAUCAGUUGACCAAGCUCCACCAGUUGGCUAUGCAGCAAACCCCCUUUACUCCCCUUGGACAGACCACCCCCGCUUUCCCUGGAGAAAAGCUGCCCUUACAUUCCUCCGAAGAAGCUCAAAAUCUGAUGGGCCAAUCAUCAGGUUUGGAUGCCAGUCCCCCGGCCAGUACUCAUGAACUCACCAUUCCCAAUGAUCUAAUAGGCUGCAUAAUCGGACGCCAAGGGACCAAAAUCAAUGAAAUUCGACAGAUGUCUGGAGCGCAGAUCAAAAUCGCCAAUGCCACAGAAGGCUCAUCGGAACGUCAAAUUACCAUCACAGGAACCCCAGCUAACAUCAGCCUUGCCCAGUACCUCAUCAACGCCAGGCUGACGUCUGAGGUCACUGGAAUGGGCGCACUCUAA